AUGAAGUACGGAUCGCGAGUUUUCCAGCUUAUCGCGUCAGCAGACCCAUGUCUUUCACUGGAUGAGCUUCGUGUGGCUCUGAACGUCCAACCCGGAUCCUCGAUCUGGAGUUCUUCAACUCUGCAUCCCUCCGGAUUCACUUUGGCCUCGAUAUAUGGUGGCAGUCUAUUGGAGAUUGACGAGGAGGACUCAUGUAUCAGGUUCAUUCAUCACAGUGUCCUGUUACACCUCGUUCAAGCCCCGGCGUUGCCUGCAGCUUCUCCUUACCACUUUCAUCUGCAUCAAGCAGAGUUUGAACUCGGUGCCAUCUGUGUCACUUAUCUCAACUAUGGGGUAUUCGAGAAUAGCAUGUCACAUGCCCAGAAUGUUUCGUUUGACAAGAUUCCUGGUACUGUGGCAAACUCGAUCUUAAGUCCAAAUGCCCUGACAAGAAGACUCAUUUCCCUUAUGUCCCUCGACAGGCGAGCUAGAGCUUCCAACGUAGAUCUAGAGCGAUUGAACUAUGACCUACACCAGUAUCGAUCAGAAAUCCAAGACGACAUCCAUCUGUUCCUCCCUUAUGCCAGCAAACACUGGCUCAGACUUACCAAGUGUUUCUCCGAGGCUAUCGACCCAUUGAUUUAUUCACUCUGGGAGAAUUUGGUGUCCGGUUCUGUAUCGUCCGCAUCAUCCAGCCUCCCUUGGUCUCCAGGCUCCGUGGCCGGUGCAACGAAAUGGUCCCUCUACAACCGUCACGGACCAUUGUUCCGACAUCUAUUGGGUAGCUCCGACGCCGUCGUCGUCAAGGAAGUCCUUCGGAUUACACUCACAGUGAUCAAACAGUAUAAAGUGGACCUGGAAACAUCAACAGCGGAGGCCUACCCCAUUAUCUCAAGACUAAAUGAACUACACCACCACUAUCUACGCCACGAGUUCUUCCUAUCGGGAGAAGACGCUGGGCUCCUGGUCCCCACGUACCUACUACAUAUGGGUCUCGAUGUACCAGUGCUCAAUUCUUUAGUCGAAAUGGAAUGCCUGCCUUUUGGCACCGGCGAUAAAUAUUGCCAGUUCAAAGACCCAGUUGCCGUCGAAAUGGCUCUCGGUACCAUCGCCCGACAUGGGAUACCAAGAGUUCUACUUUUCCUUCAACAAGAAAGUCAAGAGGAAGCGGAAAGGUACAGAUGCAUCAAAUCUGCGCUACUUCUUGCGCACUAUCUUCCCAGCAUUGAUACUACCCUUAGCAAUGGUUCCACCAUUUUACAUACCGCUAUCAAGCAUGGAUUUGAGGACCUUGCAGAAACACUGCUCAAAGACCGAGGAGCAGAUCCAGACGGCGCCCGUCUCCAGGGCAUCUCCAGCCCCUUGCAGCUGUGUCUUCAAAAGAAGUUCAGGCACCUAGCUGUAAUACUGACCCAAAUGGGGGCUGACAUCAUCGCGACGCCAGACAACGGCCUUCCUCCAUUCUUUUUAGCCAUGGGUUUACGUGAUUUGCGGCUUUUUGAUGCAAUGUGGCACGGAAAUCCCCAUCGAUCAUCGCGCCAAUACGGUCCAAAGAAAGAAACAGCGUUCCAAUUUGCGUGCAGGGUCUACUGCGAUCCGAUUAGCAAAGACUAUCCAGACAUCUCAGAUGCUCUCGAUAACAUCCUCGCCAAGGACCCCGACGUGAACCGUCCCAACGGUGACGGUGAAACCCCGCUGAUGAUCACUGCCAUGACGGGCAAUCUUGAGUUGAUGGUACGACUCUUAGACCAAGGGGCGGAUCCAACACUUGCGGGUGUUAAUGAGGCAACGCCUCUUCAUCUGGCAGUGGGGGAUACAGUUGCAAAGCUGCUUGAGGUUGGUGUUGACCCGAACAAGGUGACACCUGAUGGCGUAUCACCGCUCAUGGUGGCCUCACUCCUAGGCGACAUUGCUGCUGUCAAGAUCCUCAUUCACGGUGGUGCGCUGCGUUUCCAGGCUGUCGCUGGUGCGGGGCCUCUGUCAGAGGGUGGAAAGGCACUCUUCAGAAUGUCAAAGAGAUGCCCGAGAUUCUACGACGCGGAAAGCUCUACUCGCAAUGCAACAGUAGACAAGAUCGAGGCAGGUGAUACAGCCCUCUCACUCGCCAUAGCUCGGCUGGAGUUUAUGACUGGCGAUAAGGAGCAAAUCAGUCGUCUACGUCAGAUUGUGAAGGACACUGUCAAUAAGGAUGACCAGAAAAAAGUCAGGGCAAAGGUCACGCAUAUCACGGAACGAUGGGAUGACUUCGAGACGAUUGUGCUUGAAUUGCUCUCACGGAAGCAUGGCGCAGUGCUUUGGCCAGAGAGGGAAGCUAUCACGCGCCGGUACCGACACACACAUUGCUGGCAAACAAUCUUAGUCGCGACCCGUUGA